GUUCGAGUUCCCGAGGCGUCCGUGAAGUCAUCACGGGCUAUCUCCACCAUCGCAGCCAGUGUCGGUGUCAUCCUCCACCUUCAGGCAGCUUCCUCCCCGCGUCACCCUCCGUCUCUCCGACUCAUUUUCACACCAGCCCCUUGCUCGACACCCGCGGAUCCUCGGCGCCAUGAAGGGAAUACGCUUCCUCGUGGUUUUCUUGGUGCUUUCCGCGUCUUUGCUGUGCGGCACAGGCGAGGCGGCCCGGAGCCGGACCAGCAACCAGAACAGCUUCCGCCGGGCGGCGAACGGCAUCUACCAGACCCUGAGCAGCGUGUUCGGAGAGGACAACAUCAGGGGGCUGUACAAGUUUUUCUCCAAAACAACAGAGCGGUUCGUCCAUGGAGUCGACUCUUUCCUGGACACCAUUUGGAAGAUCUGGUCAGAUCUGCUGGAUGUGAUGGGCAUCGACUCCUCAAACCUCAGCCACUACUUCAGCCCCACAUCUCUCACCAACUCUCCGGCACGCGCCCUGCUCCUGGUCGCUGCUGUGCUCCUGGCCUACUGGUUCCUCUCCAUGUUCCUGGGGGGUUUCUUCUACCUGCUGCACGCCGUGUUCGGACGCUUUUUCUGGCUGGCUCGUGUCACGCUCUUCGCCCUGUCCUGCCUCUACAUCCUGCAGAAGUUUGAGGGCGACCCGGAGCGUGCCGUGCUGCCGCUGUGCUUCAUCAUGGCGGUGUACUUCAUGACAGGGCCCGUGGGAGCAUACUGGCGUCGGGGGGGCGGCGCAGGUUCACUGGAAGAGAAGAUCGACCACUUGGACACUCAGAUCCGGCUCCUCAACAUCAGGCUGACUCGUGUGAUCGACAGCCUGGAACGCACUGCGGAUCAGUAGACUCAGGUGGCAGUGAAGAUGAGGGGGAGGGGAGGGUUUAUUGUAAAAACGGCUGCAUUUGAUGUCAGAAUGCUGUUUUUCUCCGAACAUCUCUAGCAACACAACUUCUGGGUAUUUACCACUCUAUUGUCAGAAGGGACACAAAACUAAAACCGUAUUUUAAAGGCAUGAGUUGAUUUUAGUUGCAAAUGACCAAAAAUCCUCAGAGUUGGACAGGUAACCUGGAUCUUACCCAAAUCAAACAAUCAAGUUUUUUUGUCUUUUUGAAGCUUUCAAAGGUGUCAGUUUCAUCAGUUAUCUGAGAAAUGUCCAUGGUUUUCUCAUUUCUGCCCUAAUUCUACACCUCAGCUCCUUUUAAGUAACUUCCAGGGGUAUGAAUGAGCAUAUUUUAUGUAUGUUCAUCUUUUUAUCCUGUGAAUAACCUGGAGUUUACAAAUCUUACACGGGUUCAUCCACAAACAUGUUUCCCCCUUUUGUGAAACUACUGAAGUAGGAGAGGGGUUGGGUGUAUGAUGCAGGGGACAGAUACAAAACCUGUCUUUCUGAUGUGUAAAAAUCCUCAAGGUGUUGGAUAGUUGUCCAUAGUAAGAUUUAUUUAUUCCAUUUCCAUAUAAAUUGUUGAAAUUAUGUAGAUGUAGUCUGAUUCAUGACGUCACAGUUGCGUAGUGACAGUAGUAGACAUCAGGACCUCCUUUUCUUGUGUGAAUGGGACGACUGACGCGUGCAAGUGUGUGUCAAGCUUGUGAAAUGGAAAAGCACUAUCAAAAAGUGGCCAUCAGACUGGGAGGAGAUGCAGACAGACAGCAAUAUCUCAGGGACUCAACCAACACAUAGAUUUGGAAAUGAGACAAAGUUUAUUAAAAUCGUGUCUUGGUCUCUUUGAGUCAUGUGGCAGUUUUUCACACGGUUGCAAAUUUGUCUCAGUAUCUUAAUGCUUGUGUUUUUGCAUCACGCUGAUAUUCUAAAGUUUGAUUUAUAUCUGGGGUCAAGGCCAGGUCGAGCUUUUCAUUCAUCAUUUCAGUAACGGCAUAGAUUUACUGUACUGCAGUUCUGACAUUUAAAUAGGUAAAAAGCAUUUUUAAUUCAUGUGUGAAUGCACAGAUCAUCCAUAGAAGUUGUCUGGAAAAAAGUAUUUAAGUCUUUCAUCUCACUGACUUGAAAUUAAAUUCAUCUUGUAGGAUUGGAUUUUUAGUCGGGAUCAAUUUUGUAACUUGAUUACAGAUUAAGGUCUAAUGUAUUUGCUAUGUGGGCAAAAACCCACAGAAUUUGUAUCGCAAAACUCCACUUAACCCCCAAUGUACUUUAUUCUAUAUAAAUCAUGUUCAUAUGUGAUCAUUUCUCCUAUUAACAAUUAAUGAGGGUCGUCACACAAUUGAAUGAUUAGAUCUGAUUGGUGCUUUAGACAUGUGUCUGGUGUGUGUUGGUGUAGCCUUUGUUUCAGUGUGAUGGGCCUUUUUAUAAAUCUUUAUUACAUCUGCCAUAUUUUUUAUAUUUCUCAUCCUGCAUUUCCAUAAGAGACUGAAUCCCCCUUUUUUUUUAAAUGUUUUUGCUCUCCAUCCACCAUCUUAUUAUCAUCCUCCUUAUUCCCUCAUGCACACUUUAUAUAAAUGUAUAGAAUCUGCACUCUGUAAACGUGCUUUUAUACAAAUGACUAAUGCUGUGCAACUGUGGGAGGAAAACUAGAGAUGAACAUGCGUCAGUGAUGUUGCAGGAUGACCUUAAAGUUGAGACAUGACGCCACUUUUGAAAGAAAAACCGUAUUCAUAAUCUCAACACUCAGAUCAACAAACACUUAAUAUGUGUGAGGUGCUGUGGGAUUGUAAAGUAACAGUUUUUAGGAGAUGGGGGGUGUUGCAUCGCUGUAAAACAAAGUACAGACAAAUGAGCUUUCGCUUUUCACAGCAUAUCCUGAUAUUUAUCAGUACACGUGGUUUUUCAUGUGUUGAAUGCAACUUUUGAUUCUCAUUACACGGUGGCAUUAAGGUUACAUGCCAGUAAGAUUUUGAAAAAUAGCAAAACAUUUGAACGCAGGUUAUCUUACUGUGUAUGAGUUGUUUGUAAUCUUUGUCAUUAUAACACACAAACACGUCCAGUUAGUCCCCUGCAGUAAACCACCCCAGGUAUCUCCAUACUAGCCAAAGUAAUUUGGGAUUUUAUUGCAUGCUGUUUUGAAGCCUAUAACGUAAUGUUACAUUAUGUAAAUGUUGUGACUGCCUAGGUAGAGAGCCCUUCUGAAAUGUGAUUUUUGUGAUGUGAUGAAUUAGUUGGAUGUUAAAUACAAGAGGGGUUUGUUUUAUAUUCAGUCUUUAUUUUCCUGUACUGUUGCGGUUAACAUUUGUACCCUUGAGACCAAACUCACAUGUACAAGACCGAGCUGAGACGUCAGCCCUCUGAAUUCUUCUCUCAUUCCAUCAUCUGUCAAGCUGAUUAUUAUACGAUCACAAACAUGUUGACUCAUUUUAAAAUGUGUAAACUGAAUGUAGUUUUUGUUCCUCCUCUUAUUUUGAAGAGGAGAACCUGACUUGAGAGAGGGGCUCGAACCUGGUCACUUUGUAGUGUGUGGUUACACCAACAGUCUGUAGCCAAUGACCUGUGUAUGUUUAACUAAGGACCGAAUCUGUGAUUUAUGGUGUUCAGCGAUUAGAAGUAAUUAUGUGUGUUAUUGAAGGCUGUUUGUACCCAUUUCAAAGUCAUGGCACUGAAGUAGUCAGGUGAAAAAAGAAAAGGGGGGGUCAGGGAUUUCAGUCAUAUAAUACUGAACCUCCGUUUGUACAGAAUCUCAAAAGAUUCAGUAUUUGGAGAUGUAAUAAUCAAAACUGUUAAAGAGAAAAGAAGAACAGACCCAGAAGUUCUCUCACACAGUUUUAAUUAUUUCUAGCACGACAAAAAAAUGGUUUCAUAGACAAAAACCAGCUCGUAAAAACUCAAGAUUGAGGCUUUGACCCUCCGUUCAAACAUCACGGAAGAAACACUGAAUGCUUUAAGUCACCACUAGCUCAUGUAUUACAACCUACUGUUACCACUCAGAUGCUGAAAAAUGCCGGUACAUGUUUCUAUUAGUAUCUCUCAGCUCUGGACUGAAUGCUAAUGUUCAUAUACAGUAUUUAUUCUUUAAAAGGUCUUCUGAAUGACUUAUGUUAAUUUAAUGUACUGUAUCCUACUUAUUCCACUUAGCUUUUUAUAUCAUGCUGUGCCAAUAUUGUAUAUAUUGCAUUAAUUUAAGGCAAUUAUGUCAUUUAAAUUUUGUUUAUUUCUGUACUUCAGUGAUGUGGCGACCGCCGAACUGUUCUGCCUGCUGAUGUCUACUUUGUGUGUGAGUCUUAAUGAAAACCUGUUGAUGGAUAUGUGGUUUGUUUUUGUGGCAGAGGGAGAAUGAGGUCCAGAUUUAAAUAAAUUAAACACCACAGUA